AUGCCCAUGUUCCCUCUGACCACACAGAGCACUGCAAUCAUGGCCACAUCUCCAGCACUGCCGGACUGUCCAAUCAACCCUUAUGUUGCCAACCUUGUUAUAAUGGUCCUCUACUUGCUCUUGUUCGUCCCUGCACUUCUGCUCAACAUCACGGCCGCCUGGAUCUCCUGGAAGCUGGAGACCAAGUCCUCCUUCAUUGUGUACCUGAAGAACCUCGUCGCUGCCGACCUUCUCAUGACCUUAACAUUGCUACUGAAAGCCAGUGGUUGGCACCCCAGGUCUCCGCUGGGACUGCAGGCUUUUAACUGCCAGUUUACAGGUGUGAUUUUCUAUCUCUGCCUGUAUGUCAGCAUCCUUCUGAUGGGAGCCAUAAGCAUCAAUCGAUUUUUCAAGAUAGUCAAGCCUUUCGGGAAAAUGUUUGGUCAAAGAGCUACGUUUGGGAAGGUGGUAUCUGCUCUCAUCUGGAUCGUGUUGCUCUGCACUUGUACGAUACCCACCAUGGUGAACACCAAUGCGAUCCCCCAAAACAAGACCGGUCGUUUGUGUAUGGACAUGAAAGACGACAUGGCGAUACAGUACCACGAAGUAGUGGUCACAUUUUGCUUUGUGAUUUUUUUCGCAGUCUCACUCAUCAUGGGAUUUUGUUAUAUAUGCAUCGCAAAAACGGUUAUAAAGUCAUACCAGAAAUCCAAGAGCAACAACGAACAAGGAAACCGGAAGAUCAGAGCCCAUGUGUUUAUCGUUUUGGUGGUGUUUCUGGUGUGCUUUGCCCCAUUCCACAUCGUGCGCAUGUUCUUCCUCCAACAGCAGAUGGACAAUGACGAGGACUGCUCCUGGGCUGUGGCCAAACACUUCACAUUGUGGCUGGCCACCACCAAUGUCUGUCUGGACCCCCUCAUUUACAUUGGGCUGUGCAAAGCCUUUCGGGAGAAGUUACACAAACUCAAGCUCUUUGGCUACUUGUGCUCCACCACAACAGAGCAAAUCACAGACAGCUCUCUCUGA